UUUUUCUCAUAAGGUCAGUUAUCUUGAAUGAUGUAUUGUUAAUGCCGAAAAUCAUAUGGGAAAUAUUCUUAGAAUAAAUAGUACGAAGCACGUGUGAUAUUGUAUAUGAGCAUGAUUUAAAACGUGAACGUUUGAUGUUUUGAUUGCACAAAUUCUACUAUGUUUUAUUUUUUAGAAUCACAGUUACAGAACACACACAACUGCUUUAAAAAAAUAAAUUGAGAAAUAUAUUAUAGCGUGAAUUCUACUGUGUUUAUCAAACAUGGCUUCAAACAAAAGUGUAACUAUCGAUUCCAAGAACACAAAUGUUCAAGUGAAGAUAGAACCUGGCACGUCUGCGGAGUCGUCAGUGUCGUCGGUGUCGUCAGUAUCAUCAGUAUCAUCAGCAUCUUCGGUAUCGCUUUCAGAAAGAGUGCGAAAUAUUAAAAUGGAACCAGGUGUGCCUAUUACUACACAGAGACUAACAUCCUUUCGACUACCACGAGACCUGACACUAGGUGGAAAUAUUAAGACUGAAAAGCCGAAAAAGGUGUACACACCAAACCUCAAUGUGCAGAGAAACAAAAAGAAGGAUGAUGCAACAGCAGUGAAGGUUGAGCAUGCAAGAUCAAGGGAUAUCGAUCGUGGAAGAACGCGGGGAAGAGGACGUGGGAAGACAGAUAGAAGCAAUAUAAUACAGUCUAUGGGUAUAUGGUCAGAAGGAAUAUAUGCGGCACCUACUACUAGAAUAAGAUCUGAAAGUUCCAGAGAUAGUACAGAUAGUGGGAAAUAUUUGGAAAAACCAAAGAUAAAUUUGAACAAAGUUAUCGAUAAAGCAGAAGAAGAGAAGAAAUUAAAGAAUUUAUUAAAAGAUGAUUUUAUUGAUGAUGAUGUAGACUCUUUAGAUGAGAAGAUGGAUCCUUUCUUAUUGCCAAGAUUGCAAAAGAUGCAUAGUGAAAAUGUACAUAGUGAUGAAGAGAUUGACAAGAAACCAAUCAUCUCAGUAAAUGGUCAAGUUAUAAAAAAUGAAAUCACUUUUCAACACAAAGAAGAUAAAAAGGAAGAGUUAAAAAUUUCUCAAAUACUUGAAAACAAAGCAAAUUCUUAUAUAUUAAUACAGUUUCCAGACUGUCUCCCAGGCUUGGAAUCGUGCAAAGAGGAACCAGCACCAAAACGACCAAGUGAUUCCAGUACUAAUAGUGAAAGUGACAUUAAAGCAAAAACUGAGCACUGCACUUUGAACAAUUUAAAAAGCGGUUUCUUAGGUAAACUUGAGAUUUUGAAAUCAGGCAGAGCAAGGUUACGGUUUGGUGAAAAGAGUUUUUUCGUUGAUGCUGGCAUACAGCAACAAUUUCAUCAGGAGCUUUUAGCUGCAAAAAUAGACACUGCAUCAUUAACAGGUGAUCUUAUCAAUCUUGGCUCAGUAAACAACAAGUUAAUUUGUUCACCAGAUUUAGAAUCUAUGCUGGAUAAAUCAUAAAUUUUUAUUUAUGUAGUAAUUUUAAUAAAGAAUGUUUUUAUAAAAGAAGGAUAUUAAGAUUCUUGGGAGAUUUUGGAUGAGCAAUCUGUAAUGCAAGUUGUAAUUUUCAAUAUUUUUAUAUUUUCUUUAUCAAUACUAGAGAAUUACGUAAAUUAUUAAAUAAAUUACAUAAUGUUUGUGUAAAUUCAGUAUCGCGUUUCUGACCUCUAGAGGAAAUUAGGAGUCACUGUAAAACAGAAAUUAUAGUAUCAUUUAGGAGCAUGAGGUUUUUACUAAAUAUGUUUUUUGCAAAUUAUUAUAUAAUACGUCGUUAUUAAGUAUGCUAUUUAUUGGCUUUUAAACUGCGUUAAAAACUAAACUUUAUACAAAUUAAGAUAAACAAAUGGCUAUUUCGUACAAUUGUUCAAUUUCAAUUGAACGUGCUUAGGAACUAAAAAUGUCAAAGAUAUUUUCUGUCCAAUUAUUCAAAAAAAAUUUUAAACUUUUAUAUUAUAUUAGUCUAGACGAGUAUUUGUAUCAGCUGAAUAAUAUAUUGUGAAAAUACACUGCAAAAAUGAAUCAUCACACAAACAUAUCCGACUAAUGUUUAUGAAAUGUGAAAAUUAAAGAAUAUUUUUUUUCUCA